AUGUUAUCCGUACUGUCUUAUGGCAGAUUGGUAGCCAGGGCAGUCCUCGGUGGACUUUCGCAGACGGACGGGCGCGACUACAGCCUCGUCACCGCUAGCUAUGGCUUCGGCAAGGACUUUCGGAAGGGGAUUCUCAAGAAAGGGAUGUGCUACGGGGACGAUGCCUGCUUCAUCGCCAGGAACAAAAGCGCCGACGUUUUGGGUGUAGCUGAUGGCGUGGGAGGCUGGCGGGACUACGGCGUCGACCCAUCUCAGUUCUCUGCAACAUUGAUGAGAACCUGCGAGCGACUUGUGAAGGAGGGCCGCUUCACUCCUAGCAAUCCGGUGGGCAUCCUAACAUCUGGUUACUAUGAGCUUCUGCAGAACAAAGUUCCCCUUCUUGGGAGCAGCACCGCCUGCAUUGUGGUGCUGGACCGACGGAGUCACCAGCUCCAUACGUGUAACCUCGGCGACUCUGGUUUCCUGGUGGUGCGCGGCGGCGAGGUGGUGCACCGUUCGGACGAGCAGCAGCACUACUUCAACACGCCCUUCCAGCUGUCCAUUGCUCCCCCGGGAGCUGAAGGAGUAGUGCUCAGUGACAGUCCUGAAGCUGCCGACAGUUCCUCCUUUGAUGUACAGCUGGGUGACAUCAUCCUCACCGCUACGGAUGGCCUCUUUGAUAACAUGCCAGACUACAUGAUCCUUCAAGAGCUCAAAAAACUCAAGACUACAAACUAUGACAGCAUCCUGCAGACCGCACAGAGUAUAGCAAAGCAAGCGCACAACCUCGCCUACGAUCCCAACUAUAUGUCCCCAUUUGCACAGUUUGCUUGUGACAAUGGCCUGAAUGUAAGAGGUGGGAAACCGGACGACAUCACGGUGCUGCUGUCCAUUGUGGCCGAAUAUACGGACUAA